GGGGUUAGAGAGGCGUUUGCACGCGAAGGAAACUUUUGAGGAGUCUUUUGAGGAGCAGCACAGCGGAGGGUCGUGUGAAGUGGGGGGGCCCGAGAGUCCUUGAACUCCAGGGCCUCCAUGAAUCUGGGAAGGGAAAACGGGGAUGGCCAAGGCGGCCAGACGUUUGUGGAGGUCCACAGCUCCCGACCUCUCUACUUUGGCGGCCCGGACACGGCACGGGUUCUGCGGCCGAAGCUGAGAACAGCCAGGGUGCCUGGGCCAGAGGGAGGGCCAGGGCCGGAGGAAGGAGUCAGGGGCCGCCGCCGCCCCGCCCGUCGGGCUGUCCGCCCCGCCCACCCCGAGCGAGGCGGAGCCGGCGCCCGGAGGAGCAGGAGGAGGAGGAGAGGUCGGAGCCGUCUCCAGGAGCCCUUAGAGACCGAGUCCCCGGCGGCGGCGGCGGGGGGAGCGCACCGGCAGGCGAGUAGGCACCGAACGGCGGGCGCAGAUUCAUUCUACCACUUCCAACCUGAAAACGGUGGGCCACAGGAAGUCUUUCUGGUUUCAGGUAAAAACAAUACCUGACAAUGUCGAGCAAAACAGCAAGCACCAACAACAUCGCCCAGGCAAGGAGAACUGUGCAGCAGUUGAGAAUGGAAGCCUCCAUUGAGAGAAUAAAGGUCUCAAAGGCAUCGGCGGACCUCAUGUCCUACUGUGAGGAGCACGCCAGGAGCGACCCUUUGCUGAUCGGGAUACCAACCUCAGAAAACCCUUUCAAGGAUAAAAAAACUUGCAUCAUCUUAUAGAGGAACACGGAAACCGUCCCUCGCCUCUUCUCAACAAAGCAAAUUAUGAGCAGCUCCUUGGAAGACAUUUACCUUCAGCUUAUUUGGUAACCACUGCUAAUAACUAAAAUACUCUAACUUGGAA